AUGGAGGAGAGCACGUUUAUGAUCUUGGUGCGGCCGUCCACGGUGGUGUGCAGCACGCGCAGAGAAAAAUGUGCUCACACCCCCCUCGCUCGCUACAAGCGCCUACCAAACCCACCAUCCACCCUUGUUGCAAGCGCCGCCCGCCGUGCCACCACUCUCAAGCAAGUCGCUUUAUCGUGCCUUGUCACUUGUGACGCCCCUCUCCGUCUCAUUCGCCUCCUCCCCACCUCUCCUCCCUGCCUUCUCCCCUCGUCCCGCUCUCCCCCCCUUCCCUCUCGCCCCUUUCGCUCUACCUGCCCGUCCCUCUCCGCAGGGUGGCGAGUGCGGAGCGGACAAGCGCGCGGGGAUAGGUCGUGCGCUGCUCCGCAUCAGGGCCAUGCGCCACCGCGCGGGGAAAUGAUUGGCCACGCGGGGCGCGCCAUGGCGGGCAGCGCGGAGAUGGUGCGCGAGCUGGUGGCGGGGGGCGAGUCCGUGCUGCUCAUGGGCGCGCGGGGCGUGGAGAAGAGCAGGGUUCUCCCACCCAGCCGUCGCUCUCGCUCCCAUCCAGCCGUAUCCUCUCCCUCACUACCCGCCUUCACCUCUCCUAUUCACCUCACAGUCACUCAGUCCCACACCGCGAUCUCCUCUUCCUUACUUCCCCUCCUCCCCGUCGUCGCCUCUCCCUCCUCCCCGCCGUCGCCUCUCCCUCCUCCCCACCGUCGCCGCUCCAUCCUCCCCGCCGUCGCCGCUCCUUCCUCCCCGCCAUCGCCUCCCCCUCCUCCCCGCCGUCCCCUCUCCCUCCACGCGGUUGCCUCUCCCUCCUCCCCGCCGCCACCGCUCCCUCCUCCCCGCCGUCGCCUCUCCCUCCUCCCCGCCGUCGCCUCUUCCUCCUCCCCGCCGUCGCCUCCGGCGACAGGUGCACGAGCGCAAGCGUGA